AUGGCGCCCAAGUCGCUCGCAGAGCAAAUAGCUGAAUUGGAAGAUCCAACACCAAAAGAUUUCGAUCCCGAGGAUUUGGAUCGUGCUGGACCAGACAGUGACGACGAAGCUGGUCAAGCUGCUGACCCUAAUGCUGGACGGGAGCAUUACCAGGCUGUAGGCAAAGCAAAGCUUCGCAAGCAGGAUCCAAUCAACCUUGGAAAGCAAUACGCUGGAUCGCGUAUCAGUAGAGAUGCUCUCGAAGCCGAAAGCGACGAUGAUCCGUUCAAAGCACGCUCGAGUGACGAGGAAGAUAGUGAGGAUGAGGAGGAAGAGGAUUCCGAAUUAGGAAGCGAGGACGACGAAGACUUAUCUGAGGAAAGCGAAGAAGAGCGACCCAAGAAAUCCAAGAAAUCCGGAAAAGCCGAUAAGAAACAACAAAAGAAGGAGCUGGAAGUUUCAUCGGAGGACGAGGACAUGGAUGGCAUGGAAACCGAUGGUUUGGAAGAAAUCGAAGGAAGCGAGGAGGGCUCGGAGGACGAGCUCGAUGAGGAUGACCUGGGCGGCGAAUUUCCAUCGGAUGACGACGAUGACGAGGAGGAUGAUGAGGAUGAGGAAGACGAAGACGACGAUGACGAUGACGAUGACGACGACGAGGAUCGACAUGAGGGAUCUAGCAAGAAGUCGAAGUCCGAUGAUCGGGAGGAACUUCGCCGACUCAUGUCCUCUGAUCAGAAAACAAUUGCAGCCACCAUUUCGCAAGCCGCCAAGGCAGACGCUGCCAAAGGCAAAGCAGUCAAACAACAGCGUGCUACUUUCGAUGCCCUACUUAACACGCGCAUCAAGUUACAGAAGGGCCUAACUGCCAUCGAUCAGCUUUCCAUCGCCGCAAAGGGUAACGAGGAGAGCAAUGAUAUCGACGGAGAAGCUAUCAAGUCCGCUGAAUCCGCUGCCCUCGCUCUCUGGUCUACACUCGAAGAUCUGCGACUCGCCCUGGCCGAUGCACAGGCACCCGGCGAGUCGAAGAAACGAAAGCGCCCGUCUGCUGCUACCCUGACGACAUCCACCGAUUCCUUAUGGAAGCGCAUGGCAGAUGUGGAAUCCGAUGCUGUCCCUCGCCGUCGAACCAUCCUUGACAAGUGGUCGCUCAAGGUGCGCGGGUCCAAUGCUGCACUCCCCAACGCUCGGGGAAAACUCAUGGGCACCAGUGCUGCGAAUCAACAAACCAUUACCGCCGUCAUUGACGCGCAGAUCGCCUCGGAGAUCGGCGACCGCUCUGCUAAACGCUCUCGGAAGAACGCGUCAUCCAAUGGCAAUGCUACAUCUGCUGAUGCUGAACAUGAACCCAUCUACGACGACACCGUAUUCUACCAGUCUCUGCUCCGUGAUCUCGUAGAGCAACGCAUGUCUUCUUCCGACGCCAUCACAAACGGUAUCGACACCCUCCAUAUCCAGCUGCCUACUCGGCUAUCCGUGCACCCUGUUACGGGCAUGCGCAAGGACAAGGUCAAAAGGGAGAUCGAUACCCGAGCAUCCAAGGGGCGUAAGAUGCGCUUUGAGGUCCAUGAGAGGCUGCAGAACUUCAUGGCACCCGAAGACCGAGGCCGCUGGACCAAUACCGCACGAGAAGAAUUUUUCGCUUCGCUCCUUGGCAAGACUGCCAGUGGCCUGUUGCGAGAGGGUGAUGACGAGGAAGUUAGUGCCGCCGAGGAGAGCGAUGAGGACCGCGAGGAGGGUGGCUUGAAGUUGUUCCGCAGUUAA